AUGACUGCUCAGGUGUCAGCCCGAGAUCUACUUAUUCAAAAAGAUAUAUCUGACUUAAGUCCCGAAGAUGUUCAAUUGCAAUUCACAUCCCAAGUAGAUCGUCUACAAAGAUCACAGCCCAACAUUAGUGUUACAGAGAGAACAGGCAUCAACGAUGAAAUCUCCAUUUGGAUGGUGAAGAUCAUCAAGUAUCAAAAACAAAAUGGUGAACUUGACAUUUUAUCUUCACUUGAAUUCAUCUUCCAAACGGUGGUGGAUUAUCUUGGAAGCUCAGCUGCUGAUACUGUUUCUAUGGCCAAUGCAUUGAAUAGUUCCCUCACUAAUCUAUUGAUCAAACUAUUAACAUACGUUAGUCUUCUUGAGAAUGGGGGGAGUGCCAUCUUACGUCAAUGGCUUGAAGACAAGGUGGUGUACAAAUUAAGCAGAACCUCAAAGAACUUAUACUAUUUCGUGGAGAUGUUUCUUAAACAUGGAAUGGACCCCAAUUGGCUUAUCGAAGGUGAUUCACAGUUCUUGGAAUCGACCAUUAGACUUUUAAACUCCAAGGACAAUAACCCUUUGGCAAACUCAAUGUCAAGGGCCGUUGUUGCAUUAUUUAAGAAGAAAAUAAACCUAAAAAAUGAUAAUGAUAUAAGAUUCUGGAUCAAUAGUUGGAUUACUUAUAUGCCUUUAGACUUACAGAACGAUAGUAACAUUGCCAAAUACCUAAUACCCCAGUUUUUCAAGGUCACCGAAAGAGUAUAUCCUGUGUUUAUCCAAUUAGUAACCGAGAACAUGCUUUACAAUUCAAGAGUACUAUUGGGAUUCCGAUGCGUGGGCCAAAGUUUACGUUUAGAGACAGUCGUACCCACAGAAUUGUUAUGGUCCUCUUCAAUGAAGCAAUGGCUCACUGAUUUUGAUUGUGAAGUCCGGUUACUUGCUUUCAAAUACAUUACUGGAUCCACCAAAGUUUCUGCACCCAUAGACCCUCAAAUUUAUUGGCUAAUAAAGGAUACACUUAUCAUUCAAUCGUUUAUGAAUGAGUUUGAGAACUUGGAGAUCAGAAACCUGUUUUGUUCUGCUCUUGACUUAUUUUUAAAGCGAAUUAAAGCCAAGGACAUUGAAGGUAUGGAAUUUGUCACUUGGCUAUUAGAUUACUUGAUACCCCAUUACUUAUUACCCUCAUCAACUUAUCCACAACUAAGCACUGCGAUGAAGAUAUUAUCCGCCAUAUUUAGAACAAUAUCUUACAGCAACGUCAAUGACGACAUUGCCAGAUUACUAUACCUAAAUUUGUCAAACAAUUAUGAGAAUAUCCGUCAACAGGCGUACCAAUUGUUGGUACAGUUUUCCUCUGAUGGUCUUGAAGUCGGCGGUGUUACGGAAAAAAUUGUUCAGUUAGUCAAUGAUGAUGACGAUGAUAUCCAUACGAGACUUGGUGAUGUUCGUGGCCGCAGAAGUGAAGCAUACGCCAACGUCUAUGCCUUUGCAUCAGAGUUCAUUCACAAGGAAGACCCAGUUCACUUCCAAACUCUAUUCAAUAAGAUCAUUGACCCAUUAAAAGAUAUAAAGGGUUCAAUGCAUAGAAUCCAUGGACAUCUUAGUUACUUGAGAAUGAUGAUCCCAUUACACUAUGAGGUAGUUGAUGUCUUCUUAGCUAAUAACAUUGUGGACAUCAACGCCAGUUUAUGGGAAUGUUUCAGGUCUUCAUUGGAGUUGGUUGAUAAUAAUACUACUAAUAAUAAUGAUGAUGAUGAUGAUGAUAUAACUACUAUUUCUCAUUGGAAAGCUAUUAAAGAAGCAAAUGAAUUGUUACUUCAAUUCACUGUCCAUAACCGUCACUUGCUUAGCUAUGACCAACUUCAAAGGGCCAUGAACAUGAUAGUCGAUCAACUUGAGAAUAUAAAGCAUAGAGGAGUGUUCCUAUCUGUGUAUCCCUCCUUUAUUACCAUUACAAGCAUGUGUUUCAAUCACACGGACAGCACACUAGAUGCCCUGAGUUUCCUCAACACACGUUUGAAUCAAAUCAUCACCAAAUCACAAGCUAAAUCUAGAAGAUCCGCAGGGUUACCAUAUAUUAUGUCUGGGCUAUUGGCAGCACUUGAAGAUUCAUCAGAGUUAAGUAACCAAUGCUUUGACCGGUUAUUUGAAAUUGCCAGAACCCAAUUUGAAUACGAUGCAAAGAAUGAUUUACCUCAAGUUCAUGCCUUUAAUAUCUUGAAACAACUUUACAGUGAAAGUUUGAUUUCUUCACAUUUAUUGGAUGUUCAUUUACCCCAGACAUUGGAUCUUUGUCUUGAGUUCUUUACGUCUUCUAAUUGGUCCAUUCGAAACUGUUCUGUAAUGUUGUUUGGAGUGCUCCAACGACAUCUCUUCCCUUCAUCUGGUAAGAAGUUAUCAUCUGUGACUAUUUUCAAUCGGUACCCAAACAUUAAAUUGAUCUUGUUGAACCAUUUGAAGGCAGGCAAGGCGUUCCCUGUGGUGUCGAUCUUGACCAACAUUGUCAAUUCUAGCAACGACGAUUCCUUAGAACCUUUGCAACAGUGUCUAUUGCAAACCUUGAGCCAUCCUCAUUGGAAGAUCCGCAAGAUGACUGCAAGAGCAUUGGCUUCAAUCUUGUCAACUAAUCAAUUGAACGACUUCUUAACUAAAAGAUAUGAAUUUGAUUCUGAUAACCAAUUCCACGGUACGUUGUUAGGCAUUCACGAGGUAGUACUUCGGAUUAAAACGGAACUUUAUGGCCAUGAAAUACCUGAAAAGGUCAUUCUGGCAUUAACCCAAUUAUUUAUUGGUCAAUUACAACCACCUACUCCCAUUCUUUUAUCCCAUUGGGUGAUACUCGAAACCCUUGUAAAUACCUUGGAUCUUCUUGAACAGUGGACAACCUCAACAAUAUCACCUCUUGAAGAAGCCAUAAUAGGUGAACUUGUGGAGUCAGACACCACCUUGAACGGAUCAAGGGAAGCGUAUUUGCUGACUCUGACGAAAGUUCUUCUUCAACAUUACUUGAAACAGAACCAAUGGAACAAGAUAGAGCACUUAACUGUGCUUACGAAAUCCCAUGCUAGAGCAUUUGAAGUUGCCUUGGAGUUCAACUCGGUCCAUUAUGAGACCAUUCCCUACACUCAAGAGUUUAUCAAUCAAUUGACAACCCCCACACCCAGUCAAUACAUUCAGUGUCAAGUUAUGGACUUUUUAGGAUUAAUGGCUGCGAAAAAGGCUUGUACCUUUGAAUUAACUGAUGAUAUCCACCACCACGAGAGCUCAAACGAGCUCAAAUGCAGGCAAUUGUACGUUCAAAGUAUUGUGUCUCCUCUGACCCCUCCUGACAUUGAUACACUUGAACAGUACUUGCUGCCAGAUUCACCUGAACCGUUACGGAUUUUGGCUGCGAAAACGGUUGCACAAUUAACGUUAUCAUCAUCAUCACCAUGUUCUUCUCGGGGUAUGACCAUCUUGUUUGAACUCCUAUCGGACGAGGAGAUGGAGAUCCGUCAAGUUGCAUGCCAAACAUUCCAAAGCAUUUGCCACUUACCUUUUGUUCCUAAUCCUAUUUACUUGAUGAGACUAUUACUGGAGUAUGACACCAUAGAAUGGGAUUGGAAUCACCUUUUAAGUCAACAGAAGAUCAACCACUGGAUCGAGCAGGUACGAAACUCCUUUGAACUCAAUACCAUAUUUGAUUUCGAACCUUCCAACAUCUACCGUAACGAGCUUGAUACCCUGGCAAUGAUCUCAAAGUUGAAACAGUAUAAGCCAUCGCACUGUCCUCCAUUAAUGGCCACUACACUUGAGGAACACCAGCACUUGAUUAAUGAGCCUGCGGUGUUUGUGCUCUUUGCAAUGUAUCGAUUGGUAUCAGGCCAAUCAUGGCAUAAAACAGACAGUAUAUCUUGUUUCCUAGCAACGGGUAUUAACCAGGCUUUUGCCUAA